UCUUAGAUAUUUAAAUUAAAAUUUUAAAAGUUUCAUAAGAAGAAGUGUAGAGUCUUGAAAUUAGUGCGGCAUUUAAUUAUAAGAGUUUAAUUAACUCGAUUUAUAUUUAUAUUUAAAUAAAACGCUGAUGUCUUCGGCUAGACGUUAGCGACACAAAUCGAUAUCGCCGUAUAUAUAUAAGGGUUUUAUCUUUUUUAUACGGAUUAGGUAGGUCUGGCAGAUUCUGAUAUUAUCAAUGGGUAGAACUGAUAUGUCUAAAACACUUAAUGCCUAUAGAAUUCUUCUACGAGAAUUUGAUGAAAGAGUUGAGAAGAAAUAAGACAGAAAAAAAAUAGAACACAUUGGCAGAAUGACAGCCAUGACGCAGGAAGAAAUAAUAGCUGGCGCCCGAACAGUGGCCCAGGGCUUGGAAGCUCUGAGGGUCGAACACACUGGACUCCUCCAAGGACUCCAGUCUCAAGAGGCACCGGAGGCUCGUGACAAAGUCAGCCUCCUCUGUAAAAAUAUUGAGAUGAUAGAGCUGGGCCUGGGCGAAGCUCAGGUAAUGAUGGCUCUCGCGAGCCAGCUUCAAAUGGUUGAGGCUGAAAAACAAAAAUUAAGAACUCAAGUCAAAAGGCUUUGUCAAGAGAAUGCUUGGCUACGUGAUGAGCUUGCUGGUACUCAACAGAAGCUACAGGCUAGUGAACAAGCUGUUGCUCAGUUGGAAGUCGAUAAAAAACACAUCGACUUUAUGGAAAGUAUGAGACAAUACGAUCCAGAUCCACCAGCAGACGAUGAAAAUGUAAAAGACAAACCAAAGGAAGAUCCAAUGGUCGAUUUGUUCCCGGAUGAUGAAGGGGACGAACGAAACAGUAAGUCAAUGUCACCAACCCCGCCGUCACAAUUUGCCCAGCAAGUGAACGCCGGCUACGAGAUACCCGCACGUCUGCGUACGCUGCAUAAUUUAGUAAUACAGUACGCAAGUCAAGGCCGCUAUGAAGUUGCAGUUCCACUGUGCAAGCAAGCACUGGAGGACCUUGAGAAGACCUCGGGUCACGAUCACCCAGACGUCGCAACAAUGCUUAACAUACUGGCGCUAGUCUACCGCGAUCAGAACAAGUACAAGGAGGCGGCCAAUUUGUUGAACGACGCGCUCGCGAUCCGUGAAAAAACCCUCGGGGAAAAUCACCCAGCAGUCGCCGCGACGCUUAAUAAUUUGGCGGUGCUCUACGGAAAGCGUGGCAAGUACAAGGAAGCUGAGCCGCUCUGCAAGCGUGCUCUGGAGAUCCGGGAGAAAGUUCUUGGUCGCGACCAUCCAGACGUAGCCAAGCAGCUGAAUAAUUUGGCGCUUCUCUGUCAGAACCAGGGCAAAUAUGAAGAAGUUCAGAGAUAUUACCAGCGUGCGUUAGAAAUCUAUGAAGCUAAGUUGGGUCCAGACGAUCCCAAUGUUGCUAAGACGAAGAAUAAUUUGGCAUCUUGUUAUUUAAAACAAGGAAAAUACAAAGAUGCUGAAGUUUUAUACAAACAAGUUCUCACUAGAGCACAUGAGCGGGAAUUCGGUGCUAUCGAUGGUGAUAAUAAACCUAUUUGGCAGGUCGCCGAAGAACGAGAAGAAAACAAACAUAGAAAUAAAGAAAAUGCACCUUAUGGCGAGUACGGUGGAUGGCACAAAGCGGCUAAAGUUGACUCACCCACCGUAACUACGACGUUGAAGAAUUUAGGAGCUCUUUACAGACGACAGGGCAAAUACGAGGCUGCUGAAACCCUUGAAGACUGUGCUCUGAGAUCACGCAAGGAACAUUUGCAGCAGGCCCUGGAUUUAGUAAAACAAGCUAAAGUCGCACAAAUACUUGGUGAUGAGAAAGGCUCAACGCGACGUGGAUCACGUUCGAGCCUGGCGAACAGUGAGCACGAGCAGCACGACGAGGGCUCGCUGCCGCUGGUACAGAGGUCACUUCAUGAUGGACAAUCCACCAACAGCGACACUAGUUCUAAUAAACCCGGGUUCAAAAAUAAAUUCUUCCACGUUUUCGGUAUUAAUUCAAACACGUAGAAUUUAGUAAUAGAAAAAAAAAUUUAAAUCAUUUUUUACUGUUUUAUUAUUACACGCACGAGAUAGACUCAUAUUUUAUAAUUAAAAUUAAUAACGCAAUCUCAUAUGUCUUAAUUGUAACUUGUCAUUGAAUUUUUUAUUUAUAUAAAUCACAAGUAACGUCAAAUAUUUUUAUUUUAUCUCAUUAAUUGCUCAUAUUUUUUUUUUUUAAUUUUAAAUUAUGUAUGUUUAAAUUAAUAUGAGUAAUUAAAUACAAUAAUUGACGAUAGGUGCUUAUAAUUGUGCAUUUGCCUCAAAAACAAAAAAAAAAAAAAAAAAAAAAAAUAACAAUUAAGACCAGUGAUAAAAAUUAUUUAUU